GUGAAAAAGAUGGUUAAGUUGAUAAACUGAUUGGUCAAGCACUGGAAAGAACAAAAAAGAUAAAGGAUUAAUUCUGAGCAGAUAUAAAAGCUAAAAGUGAAAAGACUAAAGAUGGUGGAAAACAUGAAACAUUAAGUGAUUAAAAGAUAAUCAAAAUCAAGAUUACGCUCUCACCAAUAGAUGGAGAUAGCAUUAGGGCUCUCUCUUUUCUCUCUCAAAGUUGAGGGUAAAUGACUGGCGAGAGAAAAAGUUAGUUGUUGCUCAGCAUUUGAAGGCAACUUGAGUUCAACUUUUGGAUAAUACAUUUAAUAUUAGUUACCAACAACAUGAUCUACUUUGUGCUCAAUCAACUUGGCUUUUUCUACUUCUAUUACUCUUCUAAUUUCGCUUUGUUUUCUUCUUAUCCUCAUUGAAUAUCAUCUUCUACUUGUUUAUUAAUGAUUCAAUGUUUCUUUUACUUAUUGCUUCACUUCUUCCAUCGUUUCUCUAAUUGCAAGAAUCUUCUCUUUUUUCUGCCUCUGUAACGAUACCAGUUUCUUCAAUGUGUUCUGUUUUCUGUUGAAUAAUAUGUUUUCACUUUAUUGUUUCACGUGUGAUGAUUGCCAAAGAUUAUUGUGAUAGCUUUUUAAGAAGCUAUUUUUUCUUGAUAAGCUACCUGGUCUGACUUUGGUUUUAUGUGUAUAAUCAUCUUUUUUUCUUUUCUGGUUUAAGUGUUCAUCUUGUUCAUCUUUAUCUAUCUGUUUUGUACUUUUUUUUGAGACUACCAAUUACCAUCUUUACACAUCAAGUUGAUAAAAUUUAGAUGUAAUCAUGAUCAUGAUCAAUCUUUUGAUUACCAUUUGGAUACUUUUGAUACCAACCUGUUUAUCAAAUCAUCAAUAUCCUUUCAAUCAAUUUGAAGAUGAAAGCUCUACACCUAACAGUAGAUUUGGAAGUAGACCUUUCAAAUCUACUCAGGGCAGAUUUCUUGACAGAGCUCAGUCCUCGCCACUAGCUUCAUCUCCUAUUAAAAGUGACCAUUAUCAAAGAUGGAAACCUAAAAGUUACAUUUGCAAUAAAUCUAUGCCACUUGGCAUGCAAUCGGGUGCCAUAAAAAAUGAACAGUUAUCUGCAUCAUCAACAUAUAACGAUCAAUCAGUUGGACCAAAAUUUGCUCGAUUCAAUAGAGAUGAAUCAGGAGGUGCUUGGUGUCCUCAACCACAAGUUAAUCAAGAAAAUUCUGGUUCAGAGUGGAUACAAGUUAAUUUAACUGAUAGAUAUGUGAUUACCACCGUUGCCACUCAAGGACGGUUUGGCAAUGGAAAUGGUCGUGAAUAUUUGGAAGAAUAUUUUAUCGAAUAUUCUCGUGAUUUUGGUUCCACAUGGACCAAAUGGAGAAACAGUAAAGGACAGACUCAUUUAAAGGGAAACAACGAUACUUAUUCUAAUGUUACCAGCAUUCUGGAUUUACCAAUUGUUGGUGCAAACAUGAUUCGGAUAUUUCCCUUUGCUAAACACUUACGUACUGUUUGCCUUAGAUUUGAACUUUAUGGUUGUCCAUAUAAGGAUGGACCACUAUCCUACUCAAUGCCUGACGGUGCCUUCGGUGGUCGUUAUGGCGAUCUAAUUGAUGAUAGCUAUGAUGGAACUCGUGAUAAACGUAAAUAUCUUUCUGGUGGAUUGGGUCAGUUGGUUGACGGAAUCAAAGCCCAUGAAGAUUAUAAAGUAAACUCUGGUUAUGAGUGGAUUGGCUGGGAAGCUGGCAAUGAAACUGUUGAAAUUAUCUUUGAAUUUGGCGAACUUCGUAAUUUUAGUUCCGUCAUGUUAUAUACUCAUAACCUUUUCAAUAAGCAUAUCGAAGUUUUCAGCUCAGCUAGAAUUUACUUUAGUUUUGAUGGAAUUCGCUGGUCGAAAAGUCCGCUAGUUAUGGAAUAUCAACCUGACCAUAUAACAGAAUCACCAAGAGACGUUAUAAUCAACCUCAACAACAAAGUUUCUAAGUUUAUCAAGUUUUCUUUGAAAUUUGCCUCUAAACUUUUAUUGAUAAGUGAGGUUAAAUUUAAUUCAUUCCCAGUUUCUGGUGACUAUAAUCAACUUAUGGAUGAUUUGGAAAGCCUUGAGGUGAUCCAAGACUCAGUUGAACCAAUUGAUCACAGUGGACCUUCAACUGGUAGCAUUUUACUCAUUGUUUUCUCCAUAAUUGUGUUCAUUAUCUGUGCCAUUGGUAUCAUCUUUUUGGUUCGACGGUAUAUCGCUGACCGUUCAAAGACAGACCACUUCCUCUCUAUUGGGACCAAUUAUCUUGAUUCACUUGAUCCAUGCAAAGGUGCAACCACGCCUGUUUAUUGUGAUCCAGAUGAAAUUAAUAACUAUCAUAACUCCCGUGGAGGAAGUCAUAAUCAUCACCAUCAUCAGCUUACUCAUCUUCAACAGCAACAAUUGCGAUAUGAUCAUGAAUAUGCUGUACCCGACAUUUGUAAUUACCAGAGUGGAAAUGUUGGUGUUAAAACAAAACAUUUAAUAACAAACCCUCUUUCAAAUAUUGAUAAGUUUGAGAAAGAAAAAAAUUAUGUAAAUUACAUGAAACAUAAUAAUGUGGUCAGUGAUAACAAUAGUGAUUACAAUGAUAUUAAACCAUUGGCUGAUAAAAGUGAUCAUGAGCCUACGUUAAUUAAGGUCAACAGUGGAACAUUAAUUAAUGGUUUAAACACAAAUAUUAACAAUGUUGGUGGACCAAAUGUUGACGAUGAUGAUGAUGAUCACCGUCAACAUGCUGUUAAUCCACUGAUUGAUAAUCAUAUGUUUUUGCUCAAAAGUAAUCAUCAUCAUCUUAUAUCAUCAUCACCCAAUAACUUAACAUCAACAGACUCGACAAAUUCAUCAUCUUCAUCACCUAAAUAUGGGACAAUAACCACAGCAAAGCAGCGUUUUUUGACAUCAGAUGUAAAUAAACAACGCCAAGGCUACAGAGCUGUUGCAGUAUCAUCAUCAACUGGACGACGGAUCGAUCGACGUUGAACCAUCAAUCGACAACUCAGGCGAUAAUGUAUCACGAUUAAUUUAUGACUAAAAAGAGACCCAUUCAAGAAUGAUCAAGUCAGUGGACUGGAAGUGGAAAUGACAAUCUACAACCAAUGAUAAUUUGUCCAUUUAAUAGUUGAAUGAUCAAACACAAUCAAAGUCAAAUGAUUAUUCACAAUGCACUCACUCAAAGAUUGAAGUAUCAUCAUAAAGUCUCAUCAAGAUUCAAAUUUUGAUGAAUAUUUUAAAUAAGAUGAAAAACGAUCAAAAGCAAGUAUCGAUUACUGUAUUUGACUUAUCUAAUCAAUUGGACGAUUGGUUUCAAAGAGGUGAUGCUCUUUCCCACUCCAACGCUGACUUUCUUGAAGCAUCUCUUUUUUUCAUCAUUUUCACUUUCUGUUUUUCAUCUCUCCUUAAUUUGUGUGUUUUUUUCAUUCUCUUCCCAAUCUUCUUUCAACCUCGUUUAUCAUCCUUAUCCUGGUCCCUUAUUCGCCUUGUAAAAUAUAUUGUGAAUAGUGUAAUAAUGAAAAGUGAUGAUUUACUUGAGUGUUGAUCGAAAUUAAAUUGAUCUCACAUGUUUUUGUAAAGAAAAAAAAUCAAUGUCCUUUAAAAAGGAUAUCAUAAUUUGUUCUCAUAAUGUGUCUUUCCUUUAAUGAUUUUGUGAGCUGGUCACCACUGCCAACUUCCGCCCUCUUCAUGACAACAACACAACACAAAACCUUGAUUACCCAACUGAUCCGGUAAACGCCUUUGCCUAUGUAUCUUUAAUCAUGACCAUCUCCAUCAUCAAUUCACAAAUGUUUUACUCAUUUUCAUCUUCAUUUCUUCAUUCUUUUUCUUUUCUGUAAAUUUUUCUCUCUUGAUUCUUGUUCAGUCAAAAAGAUUUAACAACAAAGCAGUAGGAAUUUGUUAGACAAUAUCAGAGAGAUUAAGUUUAAUGGUAUGAAAUGAAGAUGAAAAUGACGACUUCAAAAGGAAA